AUGCCGCGCGCCGCCGCCGCUGUCGCCGCCGCCGCCGCCGCGCCGCGGCCUGAGGGCGGGAGGCUGGGGGAGGGUAGCGGAGCCGGCGCCGCCGCCAUGUUGGGUCUGAGGCGUCUGCUGUAGGCGCCGACGGAGCGAGCGGGCGGGCGGGCGCGCGUGCGGAGCAGCGACAGCGGCGCGGGAUCUGCCUCUCUGUGAGCGGCCCGAAGCGGCGGCGGCGGCGGCGGCGCCAUGAGCGGGGGCACCCCUUACAUCGGCAGCAAGAUCAGCCUCAUCUCCAAAGCGGAGAUCCGCUACGAGGGCAUCCUCUACACCAUCGACACCGAGAACUCCACGGUAGCCCUCGCCAAAGUUCGAUCCUUCGGUACCGAAGACAGACCAACAGAUCGCCCAAUACCGCCUCGAGAUGAAGUCUUUGAAUACAUUAUCUUCCGUGGGAGCGAUAUCAAAGACCUCACUGUUUGUGAGCCGCCGAAGCCGCAGUGCUCUUUGCCUCAGGACCCAGCUAUCGUGCAGUCUUCACUAGGUUCAUCUGCCUCUUCAUUCCAGUCAGUGGGUUCCUAUGGGCCUUUUGGCAGGAUGCCGACAUAUAGCCAGUUCAGUCCAAGUUCACUAGUCGGGCAACAGUUUGGUACUGUUGGUGUUGCUGGAAGCUCCUUGACAUCGUUUGGCACCGAAACAUCCAACAGUGGUUCCUUGUCCCAAAGCAGUACAGUUUCUGCCUUUACACAGGAUACAAGAUCUAUAAAAACACAGUUAUCUCAAGGUCGUUCAAGCCCUCAGUUAGACCCUUUGAGAAAAAGCCCAACCAUGGAACAAGCAGUGCAGACCGCCUCGGCCCACUUACCUGCUCCGGCACCUGUUGGGAGAAGGAGCCCUGGACCAGCCAGGCCUUUGCCAUCUACCAGCCAAAAAGCAAUAGAGAAUCAAGAGCACAGGCGAGCUGAAGUACACAAAGUUUCAAGACCAGAAAAUGAGCAACUCAGAAACGACAGUAAGAGACAAAUAGUGCCAGGUGCUCCUUCAGCACCAAGGAGAGGGCGUGGAGGCCAUCGAGGUGGCAGGGGAAGGUUUGCUAUCCGGCGAGAUGGUCCAAUGAAAUUUGAAAAAGACUUUGACUUUGAAAGUGCCAAUGCACAAUUCAACAAGGAAGAGAUCGACAGAGAGUUCCAUAACAAACUGAAGUUAAAGGAGGACAAGCUGGAGAAGCAGGAGAAGCCUGUCAAUGGGGAAGACAAAGGUGACUCGGGCGUGGACACGCAGAACAGUGAGGGAAACGCCGACGAGGAAGAUCCCCUAGGACCCAACUGCUACUACGACAAAACCAAAUCCUUCUUCGAUAACAUUUCUUGUGAUGAUAACAGAGAACGAAGACCAACCUGGGCUGAGGAAAGAAGAUUAAAUGCUGAAACGUUUGGGAUCCCGCUCCGUCCAAACCGUGGCCGCGGGGGCUACCGAGGCCGUGGGGGUCUCGGGUUCCGUGGUGGCCGAGGACGUGGUGGAGGGAGGGGCGGUGCCUUCACCGCCCCACGAGGAUUUCGUGGUGGAUUCAGAGGAGGUCGUGGGGGCAGAGAGUUUGCAGAUUUUGAGUAUAGAAAAGACAACAAAGUUGCUGCCUAGUCUACAAACCAGUCUUUGAAAAAUCAGUGAAUUUCCAGCUCUUCGUGGUCCUGAAAGUUGGUUUCAGUCUUUGCGAAGGAUGAAGAAGUGAAUUUGCUGUAUAUUUGUCACCAGCACUGGGUUUUUGUUCAUUUGUUUGUUUUUCUGCUUAAUUUCAAAGAUGCAAUGCAGUUACUUUGGGGUGGGGGGAGGCUCAUCUUUAAAAAUGAGCAUUAAAUAUAUUUGGAAUAGCAGAAGGUUAAGUAAUUUCUUAUGUAUAGUUAAACUAAAACAGUACUUCAAUGGGACUUAAUAAGUAUUUUUUCAUCACUGAAAGGAUUUUUCUUAUCACUAAAUUGUAUUUGGCAAUUAAUGCAGGUUGCCUGCAGCUAGGGCCGUGAUACUGUGUUUUGAGCCACCGCAGGUUGUGUGUGUGUGUGAACGUGCGUGGGUGUGUGUGUCUGUAUCUUUCUCUUUUUGGAAAUCCUGUAAUAUGAGGUAGCCUAUUUCGUCAAUUAAUUAGGGUGCUGGAUGGUAGAGACUUGUCAGUCAACUAUGUACACACAGUAAAUACUGUUUCUUAGGCAAAGGUAACUUUUUUAUAUAGUUGUAAAAUUCCAUUAUAUUCCAUUGCCAAAGAAACAUUAAGAACUUUGUAUAGCUGUAUAAAAAGCAACUAAUUUUUUAAAGAAUAAACAUUUUAAAGUCAGCCAACAUCCUGUGUCCUUGCAAAAGUUGAUGUGCUGAGGAGCAGAGCUGGGGCAGGGCGGGGGCGCUUUCGUUCUCAGCUUUCCAGGCUUCAGAUUUUUUGAUUUCUUUUUUAAUGUUUGGAACAUAAAUGAAAAUUUGAUACAUUCUUUCAUGAGCUAAAAGGGGUAAAUUAUUCAUGCUGGUUGUAAGAACUUCAUUUUGUAGCAGAUGGCAUAUCACAGGAUUCGUCCAAAUAAUAGAUAUUUUCAAUAUACAAGUGUAAAUAAUCAUAGAUAAGAAUGUACUUAGCUGUAUUUUCAAAUAAGUAACUCUCUCCCCUUUUUUAAGACAUGAAAACUGCACCUCAAUUAACUGGUUCCUCCUGACAAGCCUGGCAUUUGGUCCUGGUACCUGACUCAUUCCAUCACGUUUCAGGAGAGGACUUGGUGUGCAGGACGUGUUUUGGCAGCCUGUAACACAUCAGAACACAGGUCCUUGGGCCUGUGACCACAAGUGACUCGUUGCUAAUUAUAAAUUGCUAGUAAACCUUUUUGAUAUUUUAAGCUAUGGUGG